CCUCCCACGAAAGGGGCAGUGCGCACGAGCCUCUCCGGCGCCCCGUGAUCGUGGACGGUUCCUGCGGAGAUCGUGCGGGGAGGGAAAGCUCAGCCAGCCGGGCAGGACAGACAUGAUGGUCCUACAUUAUUAUCAACGGCCCAGCGAGGCUGACAGCAGUCUCAACAGUCUUCUGCACUCUGCCCAAACUAUCUUGGGCAAUGCAGUCCAAGCGGUUCAGAAGGAGCUGUGCUUCAAUGUUAGCUGGACAGGAAAGACACUCCCAGGCUCCAGGGAGAUGGAGAUGUUGAGGUGGGUCUUUGGCUGUCCAUUCGAACAAGGUGAUAUUGCAACCAAAUCUUUCCUUGGCCCACGCCCAUCUGAUCUGCUGGUAGAGAUUGGUCCCCGGUUGAAUUUCUCUACAGCAUAUUCUACUAAUGCCGUCUCAGUGUGCCGGGCAGCUGGGUUAGAAAACAUUGACCGGGUUGAGUGUUCUCGGCGCUACCUUUUCAAGUGUGACCAACAGCCCUCAUCAGCCCAGGAGACACAACUGGUAGCCUCACUCUACGAUCGGAUGACGGAGCAGAGGUAUCCCGAACCCAUCCACAGUUUUGCUGUAGCUACCUGCCCUGAAGCGGUGUUCCACGUUGAUAUUCUAGGAGAAGGAAGAGCUGCUCUCGUCAAGGCCAACAGCCAGCUUGGUCUGGCUUUUGAUUCCUGGGACCUGGACUUCUAUACCGCUCUCUUCCAAAAACUGGGCAGAAACCCCACCAGUGUAGAGUGCUUUGACCUUGCUCAAUCAAACAGUGAACACAGCCGGCAUUGGUUCUUCAAAGGGCGCCUCCUAGUGGAUGGGGAGGAAAUGAAGGAAUCGCUCUUCGAGGCCAUCAUGAAAACUCAAGAACGCAGCAACCCCAACAAUGUCAUCAAGUUUUGCGACAACAGCAGUGCAAUCCAGGGCAGAGAAGUCCUUUCACUCUGGCCCAGUGACCCAUCCAAGGCCAGCCCCUUUGAGAAGCGAACAUCCACCCGCCAUGUCAUCUUCACAGCUGAAACUCACAACUUUCCCACAGGAGUUGCCCCAUUCAGUGGCGCCACCACUGGGACAGGUGGGCGAAUCCGGGACGUGCAGUGUACAGGCCGUGGGGCCCACGUGAUCGCUGGCACCGCCGGGUACAGCUUUGGCAAUCUGCACAUCCCAGGAUACCCCUUACCUUGGGAAGAUUCAUCUUUCAUAUACCCUGACAAUUUCGCCCGGCCUGUGGAAGUGGCCAUUGGUGCCAGCGAUGGGGCUUCGGACUACGGCAACAAAUUUGGGGAACCUGUGCUGGCAGGGUUCGCACGUUCCUUUGGGAUGCGCCUGGUGGAUGGAGAGCGGCACGAAUGGAUCAAGCCCAUCAUGUUCAGUGGUGGCAUUGGAGCAAUCGAAGACAUACAUGUGCGCAAGGAAGUGCCCCAGCCUGGGAUGGAUGUUGUCAAGGUUGGAGGCCCCGUCUACAGAAUUGGUGUGGGAGGAGGGGCUGCUUCUUCCAUCCAGGUGCAAGGUGACAAUGCCAGCGAGCUCGAUUUUGGGGCAGUGCAACGUGGUGAUGCCGAGAUGGAGCAGAAGAUGAAUCGGGUGCUUCGGGGUUGUGUAGAGAGUGGAGAGAAGAACCCCAUCUGCAGUUUGCACGAUCAGGGUGCCGGAGGCAAUGGGAAUGUGCUGAAGGAGCUGAGCGAGCCUGCUGGAGCCACUAUCUAUGCAAGCCGUUUCCAGCUGGGAGAUCCCACUUUGAGUGUUCUGGAAAUCUGGGGAGCUGAGUACCAAGAAUCGAAUGCUCUCCUGCUUCACCCACGCCAUGCCGAUUUUCUGCAACGGCUGGCUUGCCGUGAAAGAUGCCCCGUUGACUUCGUAGGCAGGAUCACAGGUGAUGGAAAGAUUGUGCUGGUGGAUGACACGAAGUCUCCAGCAAGUGAGGCAGAUGUGGACAAGGGGGAGACAGGACAAAGGGACACUCCUGUGAAUUUGCAGCUGGAAUGGGUUCUGGGCAAGAUGCCCCGCAAGGAAUUUGUUUUGAACCGCAUGAAUCGAGCCCUUCGCCCUCUGGAUCUUCCUAGCACCCUGAGCGUGGUGGACGCCGUUCAGCUUGUCCUGAAGCUCCCAGCUGUGGCUAGUAAACGUUACCUGACAAAUAAGGUUGAUCGUUCGGUGACAGGGCUGGUGGCCCAGCAACAGUGUGUCGGUCCCCUCCACACACCCCUGGCAGAUGUGGCUGUAGUGGCCCUUUCCCCUUUUGAAACGGUGGGAGGAUCCACUGCUCUUGGGGAACAGCCCAUCAAGGGGCUCAUAAAUCCUGCAGCUGGCGCCCGAAUGGCUGUGGGAGAAGCCCUCACCAAUCUGGUCUUUGCGCGCGUCACUGAUCUGAAGGAUGUGAAGUGCAGCGGCAACUGGAUGUGGCCAGCCAAACUCCCGGGCGAGGGGGCGGCCCUGGCAGACGCCUGCAGCGCCAUGUGCUCCGUCAUGGGAAAGCUGGGCGUGGCAGUGGAUGGCGGGAAGGACUCGCUCAGCAUGGCGGCCCGUGUUGGCACGGAAACGGUCAAGGCGCCUGGAACGCUGGUCAUCUCGGCUUAUGCUGUCUGUCCUGAUAUCACAGCCACAGUCACCCCUGACCUCAAGUGUCCAGAUGGGAAAGGGGCCUUGCUUCAUGUGGCUGUGAGUCCCGACAAGCAUCGGCUUGGAGGCAGCGCACUGGCCCAGUGCUUCUCCCAACUCGGAGACAUUUCCCCAGACCUGGAUGACCCCGCCACCCUUGUGUCCUGUUUCCGAGUCACCCAGGAUCUGCUGCGAGACUCUGUGCUUUCUUCUGGGCAUGAUGUGAGUGAUGGGGGUCUCCUGACUUGCUUGCUGGAGAUGGCCAUUGCUGGAAAUUGUGGUGCCCACAUCGAGCUAGGGGCACCAGGGGUCCACGCUCUGCAUGUGCUUUUCGCCGAGGAACUUGGCCUGGUGCUGGAAGUGCCCCGUUCUGCAGCAGCCGAUGUCUGUGGGCGGUACCGGGAAGCGGGAGUGCGCUGUGUACCUGUUGGAUAUUCUGGUCCUCGUGGUCCAAAUGCCAUGGUCCGGGUCACUGUGAAUGGCCAGCAAGUGCUGGCAGAGAAAGUCUCAACCUUGCGGAGCUGGUGGGAAGCCACAAGCUUCCAGUUGGAGAGGCUGCAAGCCAAUCCAGAUUGUGUGGCUCAAGAAGAGAUGGGCUUGGCCAAGCGCACAGAACCCAGCUUCACCCUGACCUUUAACCCCCAGGAAGAACUUCCUCUUCUACAGGAAAUGGCCUUGCCUGCUCCCCGUGUCGCUGUCCUUCGUGAGGAAGGAAGCAAUGGAGAUCGUGAAAUGGUGGCAGCAUUUCUCAUGGCCGGAUUCCAGGUCUGGGACCUCACCAUGCAAGAUCUGUGCUCAGGCAAGAUGACGCUGGACUCCUUCCGUGGCUUGGUGUUUGUCGGAGGCUUCAGUUAUGCAGAUGUUCUUGGAUCUGCCAAAGGCUGGGCAGCUUCAGUGACCUUUAACCCCAGAGCACGGGCACAGUUCCAGGCAUUCCACCAGCGGAAAGACACUUUCAGCUUGGGUGUGUGCAAUGGCUGUCAGCUGAUGGGACUGCUAGGAUGGGUAGGAGCCGAGGACUCUGAAGCCAAGGAUCUAGAUGGGGCCACUCAACCAGGAUUGCUGCUGAGUCCCAACAACUCUGGCCGGUUUGAGUCGCGUUUCGUGAACUUGGGGAUCGAGGAAAGUCCGGCACUGAUGCUGCGAGGCAUGGCAGGUUCUACUCUGGGCAUCUGGGUGGCCCACGGAGAAGGUCGGAUGCGGUUCCGCACUUCUGAAAUCCUGGCUCGGGUACGCUCUUCCCGACUGGCCCCGCUACGCUACGUGGACGACCAAGGGCUGCCGACAGAGGAGUACCCUCUCAACCCGAAUGGGUCCCCCCUGGGCAUUGCCGGCGUUUGCUCUCCUGACGGGCGCCACUUGGCCAUGAUGCCUCACCCAGAGCGAUGUGUCCUACCCUGGCAGUGGGCUUGGAUGCCGACCUCCUGGCGCCAGUCUGUGAAAGUCUCACCGUGGCUGCGCAUGUUCCAGAAUGCCUGUGAAUGGUGUUUACAUUAUCCAGAGGGUCAACCUUGACAGCGCUCCAUCUGGCUGGGUUUUUAGCCUGACCGCAUCUGUUCCCAAUUCUGAGCCACCAAUUGCAAGCUGGGCUAGAUCGUGCACAGUGAGAUGAUUCCCAAGGCCUGGGCAGAAACCCGACGGCCCUGCUGUCUCUGUUCUGCAUGGGCUCCUCUCCCACGGUCACCCUAAUCGCCAGUUACUGAACAUACAAGCAUCCAGGAAUCACAGACAUGUACUGAACACAGUAAGGUUGGCGUGGUGCAAAAAGAAAUCAGUGUGUUCUGCUCUCAGCGUGGGACCAACGCAUUUUUCCAAGUGCCAAUAAAUGCCAAUUAAUUGUUAAAAA